AUGCGCCUCGCAUUCCUCCUUGUCUUCUUUACGCUCGCGCACGCUCUCCCCGAGGCGGAGGCCGAGCCGCAGGUCACCGUCACCGUCUACCACACAGUGUUCCUUCCCGCCCCGAAGCCUAACACCGACGGCGCGACAAUGGCACCGACGCACAAGGCGACCGACGAGCCCACGCACGAGCCCAAGCCCACGCUAAAGGUUACCGAGACGCGCACGGCCACGGGCGAGCAGAACACCGAGACGACGGACAUGCCCACCAAGACUGCCACCAAGACGGAAAGCAAGACAGGCUCCGGCACGGGAAGCAACACGGGAAGCAACACGGGCUCCGGCACGGGCACCCGCAAGCCGACCAAGUCUGCAUCCAAGUCCAAGGCCUCGCACUCGCGCUCGAUCAGCACCAUCCUCCCGACGCCGAGCGCCAGCCUUCGCCCCAUCAACGGCAGCCUCAACGUCAACGCUAGCCUCACGGACGCCAUCCUAAGCCCCAGCAACGUGACCGCCCCCCUCCCCUUAGCCUCGAACAUCCCGUCCAUCAUCCCGACGCCUACGCCCUCCCCUACCCUCGCCAGCGAGGCCAACCUCAACGAGUACGCGCUCCUCGUCGGCGCGGCGGGACUACUCGUCGCUGCGGUUGGUGCUUUCUAA